AUGUAUGCAAAAUGCAGUGACCUUGUAUCUGCUAGAAGGAUAUUUGAUUUGAUUAUCAAAAAGAGUAUUUCCUCAUGGACAUCAAUGAUUGCAGGAUAUGCCCAUUCGGAUCACCCAUUGGAGGCAUUGCAUUUGUUUAGAAGGCUUGUACGGACAGAUUUUAGACCAGAUGGACCAACCGUUGCUACUGUUAUAUCAGCUUGUGCUGAUAUAGGAUCAAUUAGCAUAGCACAAGAGAUGGAAGAUUAUAUUUCUCUAAAUGGAUUGGAAUUCGAUCUACUUGCUUCAGAACUGUCGAGAGCUGAUAACUUAAAAUCUGACCUUGAAAAUAACAAGAAUCAGUUCAAUGAUAUGGUGGCGUCAGAAAAAGAGCUGCAGCAAAAGUUGGCACGUUUGGAGGAAAUGAAAAAGGAGCUAGAAAAGCAAAUCAGAACUACUAAUGCCAACAUCAUGGCUUCUCGAAAAGAACUGAACACGACUCUAAAGAGAAAGAGAGGUGUUUAUGUGGAAGGAAAGGCACUCAAAGCUCAAAUGGAUGUGAAGGAGAAAGUACCACGUUUGCAACAUGAGCAUGACUUGGCAAAGGAAAACCAGGAAAAAAUCAAAGCUGAAUGGUCAGAGUUUGGAGAAAAAAUUAAUGAGAUUGUUGUAAAGUCAGCUGUACAAGAUUAG